AGUGAUCAAACAUAUGAAUGUAAACAAAUGAAAUUGUGGCGGUGCUGGUUGCCUUCUCCGCCAGGGAGAUGAUGAAAACCAAGAUGUCAUCUUCUCGAAGCGGGCAAAACUUAGCAUGCAGAGACGUUUGCGUUUUUGCCCUACGGAACAAGUGCAAUCCAGCUAGUCCAAACGUACAGUUCUAUAAAUAGCAGCAAUAAUUUCCACUUGUCUCCUCGCAACGCUAAGAAGGCAAAAACAAAAAUGUUGGCGCUUCAUGAGCUUAUUCUAUAUCCUGUUCUCGCCAUCAUACUCUCCACCCUCCUCCACGGCUGGCUCUCCGCCGCGGCGUUGAAGCCACGGAAGAGGCUGCCGCCAUCUCCCAACAAACUUCCCAUAAUCGGAAACCUUCACCAGCUCGGGAAAUUCCCCCACCGCUCCCUCCAGUCCUUAUCCCACCGCUACGGCCCGCUGAUGCUGCUCCACCUCGGCCGCGUCCCGGUGCUCGUCGCCUCCUCCGCCGCUGCCGCGCGCGAGAUCACGAAAGAGCAGGACCUCAUCUUCUCGAACCGGCCGAAGCUGAGCAGCCCCGACCGGCUCAUCUACUGCUCCAAAGACGUCGCGUUUGCCCCUCACGGAGAUUACUGGCGGCAGAUGCGGAGCAUAUUCGUGCUGCGCCUGCUCAGCAACAAGAGGGUUCAAUCCUACCGCCGCGUCAGGGAGGAAGAGACGUCGCUCAUGGUGGAGAAGAUCAGGAAAUCGGCGGCCGCGGCGGCGGUGGUAAAUUUGAGCGACGCGCUGGAGUCGCUGACGAGCAAUGUGAUCUGCAGGGUGGCGUUGGGGCGGAAAUACGGCGAGGAGAGAUUCUUCGCGGAGUUUGUACAACUUUUAGGAAUUUCUCCUGUGGGAGACUACGUUCCGUGGUUGGGUUGGACCAAUUGGUUCAACGGUUUGGAUGCAAGGAGAGGGAGAGUGGCCAAACGUAUUGAUAAAUUUUUGGAGCGUGUUGUUCGAGAGCAUAGAGAGAUGAGAGUGGAAGUUGGCGACGACGCUGCAGCUGCAGACAUGGAUUUUGUUGACAUACUGCUCGAGUUUCAGAGACAGAAUCAAGGCAGCUCCCCUGUUGACGAUGAUGUCAUAAAAGCGCUAAUCCUUGACGCAUUUUCUGCUGGAACUGAUACCACAUCCAAUGCUUUGGACUGGACGAUGGUGGAGCUGAUGAGGAAUCCAUCAGCUAUGAAAAGACUGCAAAAUGAAGUGAGAGAAGUUGCUGCUAGAAACGAAGGUGAAAUCGGUGAAGAAGAUUUAGCGAAAAUGUCAUAUCUGAAAGCAGUGAUUAAAGAGAAUCUAAGACUACAUCCACCGGCACCGUUGCUGGUUCCUCGUGAAUCUACUCGAGACACAAAAGUACUAGGCUAUGAUGUGGCGGCAGGCACACGUGUAAUGAUCAAUGUUUGGAUGAUAGGGAGGGAUCCUUCGCUGUGGGAGAAUCCGAAAGAAUUUCGUCCGGAAAGGUUCCUCGGAACAAGCAUUGACUUUAAAGGACUUCAUUUCAAACUGCUGCCAUUCGGGGCAGGGCGAAGGGGCUGUCCCGGCAUCGCAUUUGCGACGGCGGUUUACGAGCUGGCCUUGGCCAAAUUGGUGUGUGGUUUUGAAUUUGGAUUGCCUAAUGGAGGGAGAGGGGAAGAUUUGGACAUGACUGAAGAAUCUGGGAUUACUGUACGUAGAAAGUUUCCGUUGCUUGUAGUCAUCACUCCACGUGUUUAAUUUGUUAGUUCCUUUUGUGCAUUUCAAUUGUUGUUGUGUUAGAAAAAAUAAAAUGAACUGAGGCAUAUUGUCAA